AUGUUACUAGUCCAAGCGCAAAAACAAAUAAAUGAUCCUCAGGCUGCUCAGGGUCCCGCUCUUCGACUCGGCUUCGCUGCAGCAACCGAUACGGACCUUCGUCGUUAUAAGCAUCCACAAGCAAGCGAAAUUGCCGUGGUCUUCCGCUCAGAAGAUGGCGCUGUGAUAGACCCGCGAGACUUGGUGGUAUGGUCGCGACGACCAGACGACCCUAUUUACCGGAUCUCCGACCGCUCCGAGCACGUCGAUCCUUGGACGUAUGCGUUGCUGUUUCCACAAGGCACACCAGGAUGGCACGAUCAUUUGCAAUAUGCUGUCGAGCACCGCACGCCCAAAUACACGCGCCUCACACCGGCGCAAUUUUAUUCGCACCGGCUCAUAGUGCGUGAUUUCGAUUGCGCACUUCCACACGGCGGCGGCCUCCUCUUCCAGCAGUAUGUGGUCGACGCCUUUCGUUGCAUGUAA